AUGCAGAGCGGCACUUACACAAUCUACAACGUCGAGUUUUCCAAGCAGGUCAUUGACCUGUAUGGAGGCGGCACCAUCGAUGGCACCCCUGUCACGGGCUAUAACUACAUGACCACCAUCAAUGAGAACCAGCGUUGGACCGUGCAAGUCCUCGAGAAGGAGGGUGAUGACCAAGCCACCGUCAGAUUGAUCAACAACGGAACUGGAACAUAUAUGAGGGCUGAGCCAGAGACUCUGGGCGCAGGUGUCGUCGGCAGCCACGUCGCUACGAAGUGGACACUUGUCAAACUGGAAAUGGGGAAUUACAUGAUCAAAGGCCAGCAGGGAGAGCUUGUCUUCUCCCUUAAUAAUGGCGAUAAUAGCACUCAGAUCACGCUCGCUCCCCUAGACGACAGCGACAACAGGCAGCUUUGGACCUUUGACCAAGAGUAA